UGCGAGUGCCUUUGAGAGGUGAGGGAGAGAGAGAGAGAGAGGGAGGAAGCGAGAGAGGAAGAGCAGUGAGUGGUUGUGUGUAUGGGAGAGAGAGCGAGAGAGAGACAGAAGUAGCAGGCAUUUGAGUGAGUAUCUUAUCCAGCAUCUGGUGGCUGCUGCACUUCGUCCAAAUCUCCAACGUCCGACCGUUAAGUCAAAGACAACAUGUCGAUGCCAGCACGCGCGUUACUAGGACUGUGCUUCGGGGUCCUUGUCAUUAUGAUGUCGGUGUCGCCUGCUCCAGCGCUCACAAUUCACCCGGCAGUACUUAAGAACUUCGUGGGUCCUUUACGGAAGCCAGGCGAGCCCGUCCUACGGCCUACCUUCUUCGACCGCCCUCGUAUGGUUGGCCAGAGGUUGGUCAACAGGUCAGGGCAGGGAGUCAACAUUCCUGCAUCUGUUCGCCAGUCCGACUAUUAUGGGCGCCAGCUGACAGAAGGCGAAGCCAGCAUCGUUGACGGAGGACAAGAAGCCAUUUAUCCCGCCGCUAUCAGAGGCCCUCAGUCACAAGACGAAUGGAACAGAUCUCUAAGGUCUUGCAAAGGAUCUGGCUCUUGUUCCCAGAACAUGGACAACACUUUGAACCUCUUGAUGCGCAUGAUGGAGACGGGGAAGCGCUAAAAGCUUCAGCGAGAAAAUCCAAAAGAAGAUUUUGAGGAAGACUUUCAUCGCGAGGUGUGGCAAUGCGUUAGUGACAGCGCCCUGCGGUUGAUGAACGAAAUUCAACUUCUUUGUUACUUUAGGAGAGUUCGGAGGAACCGACUGACGUAGUUUCACGAACAACUUCCUUGUUAACCAGUAGGGGUAAUUCAGGAAUGUGCUCUGCAGGAAUUGUUAAAGUUUUAUACUUCUCGCCAACAACCUGAUUUGAUUCCUCAGCUCAGAAGUAUUAAAGUAUUUGAAAUGAAUAUCACAAUAAUGGACUACAACACCCCAAGUCUAAGAUGAAAUAGUCUAAUAUGAAGCAUAAUCAGGUAACCUUUUCAAAGCACAUCUUGGUGUGAUUAGAAAUUCACCUCGGUAAACAGAAUAUAAUAUAAAUCUAAAAAUGAAUCUUUCGAUGUUCGAGAAACUGAAGGUGCUUCACUAACGGAUGGCCAUCGUCGCUAUAAUAUAAUUUAACCUUAAGUGUAGCAAGCGGAUAGACCUUAAUCGAAGUAUAUACGAUAUAUUUUAUCUCCUAAAAUAAUAUAUGUUAUGAAAAAAAAUGUAUCUGAUAUUAGAGAUCACAUGUACGUAGAUGUAGUGUAGGUAUAACCUGUCUAGAUACCCCAUCAUUUACUUGUGUGUUUUCUUCAGACUACACCGCAUAAGGUACAGUCAGAUGUGUACAAGUGAAGAUCAUUCAGUGCAGAACACUAAAUAUAUAUUUGUUGUUAUUCCUGAGAAUCAUAAAUUUCUGGUCGGAAUAAAACAAACUAAAAUCCUUUCAAAUAAAUAUAAAAAUACAUGUAUACUUUCAAAUAUAAUAAAUAUUUUAAAUAUAAACCAUAUAAAGUAAAUAAAAAUGAAAUGCAGAUUCUAUACUUAUAAAAUAACUUAUUUUAAUUAUAUGAUAAUCAUAAUGUAUCAGGGAAUUGCUUACCAAUUAACAUUCACUCUCUUAAUGUUGCUCAGCAUUUUAUUCCUACGGCUGGUGCUCUCUCUCUCUCUCUCUCUCUCUCUCUCUCUCUCUCUCUCUCUCUCUCUCUCUCUCUGUCUGUCUGUCUGUCUGUCUGCCUAUCCCUCAUCCCUCUUUCCUCUCUCAUUAAAAUCAAAAUUCUUUCCGGUAAUUACCUGAGGAGCGAGCAGAGGACAUCGGAUCUGGUUUCUGGAAAUACUUCGAGAGUGCAAGAAGAAAAAAAAAGUGAUUUCGAAAGCUGGUCACAAUGUGGAUUUAUGAGCACUAAGUCUAAAAGCAAAGAGCACAACAAA